GUUAAACAAAGCUUAUUCAGAACUCAGAGGCUCGUUUCACCCAUUCUCGGCUUCAUCCUCUGCUCCAUUCUCACUUACAAACUCGAAAUCUCCCAAAUUUCUCACGCACGAUUUUACAAUACAACCAACCCUUCGAAACAAAAAAUCGAAUUCUUCACACAAUCCUGCCGAUUCCUUAGAGAUCGCUCAAAGCUCCUUUCUAACAUACUCAUUGAUUAUCACUUAUCAGGUGAUUCAAGAUCUGCAUUUGCGACUAGCGGAUUUUUGGUAUCUAAUAUUCCAGCAGAAAAAAGAGAAUGGAGUGGGUGCUGAUCAUUGUUUCGUUGACUGUUAUUUGGGUUGGUUCUCUUUGCAAAACACUUCAUGUAUUUGUGUCUGACUCCAAGUCUAUGUUUUUAGAUGAUGGUGGAUUUUUUCUGAAGAAAAAAAUCUUGUUGGUUAUCGCACAUCCUGAUGAUGAAUCUAUGUUCUUUACUCCAACCAUCAAUUACUUAAUGUCAAAGGGGCACGAUUUGCGAAUUUUAUGCAUAUCAACGGGCAAUGCGGAUGGCUUGGGAAAUACAAGAAAACAAGAGCUCUACCGGGCCGCCACAACCCUUAAUGUAUCUCCACAACAUGUAAAGAUCUUGGACCAUCCAGAUUUGGAGGAUGGUUUUGGCAAAUUCUGGAACACAGAUCUGUUGGCAAGACUUAUGAAAGAAGAAGUAGACAGCCAUUCUGUUGAUGUGGUAAUUAGUUUUGACAAAUAUGGUGUUUCUGGUCAUUGUAAUCAUUGUGAUUUGAAUCGAGGUGUGCGAAAACUUAUCCAGGACGUCUCAUACAAAAAUGUGGAAGCGUGGGAGCUUGUGAGCACUAAUAUAUUCCGCAAAUACAUCGGACCAGUAGAUGUUUGGUUUUCUCUCUUGUAUGUCAAGUUUCAUCGCAAUGAAAAAGUAUAUUUCUUGAUCAAUGAAAACCCUAGUAGAAGCUAUGCUGCAAUGGCCCAACACCUGAGCCAAUGGGUUUGGUUUCGUAAGUUGUUUGUAUCCUUCUCCAGCUAUACGUAUGGCAACUCUCUAAAGAAGAUUAACAUCUAAACAAUGCCUACAAAAUGUCUUCCUUGUUCUUAAGCAGAUUGUUUGAAGCAUUGGAAUAUGUUAGCUGCUGCUGAUCGGAAGACUGAAGUGCAGCAGCAGCAGUGGUCAUUUUAAAAUUUCUGUUCGUUAGCUGCGUUUACACCAUUGCAAGCUCUUCUUGUUGUGAUGCCACCUGCAAGCACCGAUAAACAGGUCGUGGUGGUGACUAACACUCCUACAAUAGCUUAAUAAUUAGGCUUAACUUCUGUUGCUCUUUGUUUAUGCUUAAAAUUUCUACAAUCUGUGAGUGCAAUGAUUUUAGAUUCAAACCCCGUCCGAAAUAUAAAAAAGGCGAGUGUUUUCUGGCUUAGCCACUCCAAAAGAUCUGUAUUUAUUUGUCAUAUAUUGAUACAGGUUUCUUGGAAGCCAUGGAUGGAUAAGCUCUAGACAUUCCAAGGUUGUUCGUACUUUAUGACUUCCAUUUGUUUAUUUCUUUCCAUGCCAAAAUCACAAGCAAAUCAUACGUUAAUCCAUAAUAAUAUGUCGAGUAGUUUAAAUCAUGUAAUAAAACAUACUAUAAAUAUGGAUCGACUAGUGUUUUAAUGAAUAAGUGGCAUAUACUUUGUAAAUAAUUUCAACUUGAGGAAUGAUCUCGUC